AUGGCUUCCGGCUUGCUGCGCAGUGCGGACAGCAGCCUGCCGAAUGAACUCGCCUUCCUCAUCAUCGAUCACCUCACCGACGACCGGCAGACACUCUGCGCCCUCGCCCAGACCUGUAGCAACCUGCAGUAUCUCGCAGAGGACCGCCUCUACAAGACCAUCCACCUCCUCUCCGUCAAAGACCUCCACGCCAUCAUCGCCGCCUUCACCAACCGUCCUGCCCGCGUCCGCGCCGUACAGACCCUGCGCAUCUUGUAUCAGUACAGGCAGAAUGACCUCAACAAAAGUGCCGAUUCUAGGACGGCCUUUAAUGAGUUUGUCGCCCAAAUGGUCCAUUUGCGAGCUUGGCAUAUCGAGAGCCCGUACGACAACUUCCACUGGGAAAAGGCCGGUGGAGAUGCAUGGGUGGAGCGGGAUAUGGAGAGAUUCCGUCGCGCGCUGGAACAGGCUUGCAACGAGGGACCAAAGGAGACGGAGCGCAUAGCAUCUGCGAGGGGUCUGGGCCAAAGAAUGGAGAGGACCGUUGGCCUCGCCUUGCUGCAAGACCUGACGAUCCAUUCCCAUGGGGCUACCGCCGACUUUUGGAAUCUUGAUGGCUUCCACUGCCUCUUUCGACAUCCUGCCCUUCGGAGCCUCCAUAUCUCGUGCAUCACCCUGCCUCCCAACGAGAUCCCGGAACUCAGUUCGCAUGUCAGAACAUCACCUCUGACAACCCUGGUCUUCGAUGAAUGCGAGCUCUCGCAAAAGAGUCUGCUUAGCAUCCUCCGCACCCCAGCGCGACUGAAGAAUUUGACGCUCGGAGAAAAUGUCUACAACAUAAACCGCACUCGUGGAAUCGAGCCAGUCCUCUCCAUGAAUCCGACUGCUUCACUAGAAACUCUCUCCGCUGUCGCACAUUCUCUGGAAAGCCUCACACACUUCGAUCCAGCAUGGCGAAUAGACACGAGCCCAAACGUGCUACGCAGCAUCCGCCCCAUUGGCGAGGGUAUGCGAAAUUUCGACUCCCUCCGAUAUCUCGAAUGCGAUACGAGUUCCUUCCUACAUCAGGCCGUCAUCAUGAAUCGUGAUCUAGCCCCCCCUAGCCUGGACACACUGCGCGUUCGCCGCCAUUGGGAGGUUCAGACUGAUUUCUGGGACCAGCCACCAGAUAUAGACCACUACCUGCCAUUGCCGUCGCUCAACACACUCGAGCUCAUGCAAUUGUCAUUUCUCUGGCACGAUUACGCGCUCUCGGGCUACAUUUGCGAUGCUGAGCGGCUUCGCAACCGUCACGCAAAGGCCUACAGACUGUCCAAGGCUGGCAUCAACUUGAGGAUGCUCAUAGAGAUGCACAGGGAUCCCGCACUCAUCCCACCCUAUCUCCAAGAUGAACGUGUCCCCAUUGUAGAAUGUAUAUAUGAUGCGAGCGAAGAAGGAUUCCAUCGACAUAUUGUGGUUGACGAACCCGAGACCGCUCAGCCAGAGCCCUACUUCUCCGGGAACCAUGGCACACCAUACGAUGAUGAUGAUGAAUGGAACUCCCCCGCUCGCUCGCCCAGCCCACAACCUUCUGCCAACCGUGCCGUCAGCCCCUCGCCCGAUCCCGUUCCCUCCGCACCCCCACCCGAAACUGACCAACUCAACACCGCCGACAUCCAACGCAUCGCCUCGUCGACCCGCCGCCUCCUCGACGCGCUCAAACGCCGGUUCGUGAGCCGCAACCGGCGCCCGAGCUUCUGGGACGUGAGCAUGAGCUCCGACGACGGUAUCGAAGAGGACUCGGAGUACUAUGGCAUGGGCGACUUGGAGGUGGAUGAUUUGGAGGAGCAGGAGGACAUGGCGUUGGAGAUGGAAUUGGAUGAUCUGGAAGAACUCGAGGAUGAAUUCGAGGAUGAGGGUGGAGUGCAUGUCUAUGAGCAUGAGGGUGAGUUGUAUAUUGAGGUCUAUGAGAGUGAGACGGGGAGUGAAGGGGAGAGUGAUGAAGAAGGGAGUGGAGGUGGAGGUGGAGGUGGAGGUCCAGGUGGAGGAGCAACAAUGCAUGACGUGAACGACGAGGACUGA